UCCUGCCAAAUCGUAUCAUCGGGCUCGAGUCUUUGAUCCAAACAAUAAUAAACCCCCGCCGUCUAGGCCGCCGCCGCUUCAAUCGCCCUCUUUUCUCCUAAUCACAACGACUAAGAUCAACGAACACAAAUGUCCUUCGUAAAGCUCUCAAUUUUUGGUACCUCUUUUGAGGUUACGACUCGAUACCUCGAUCUACAACCUGUAGGAAUGGGUGCUUUCGGUCUCGUAUGUUCUGCCAAAGAUCAACUGACUGGAUCCUCUGUGGCGAUCAAAAAAAUCAUGAAACCGUUCAGCACCCCAGUGCUGAGCAAACGAACAUACCGAGAGUUGAAAUUGUUGAAGCAUAUACAACACGAAAAUAUCAUUAGUCUUAGCGACGUUUUCAUUUCGCCUCUAGAAGAUUUAUACUUCGUCACGGAACUCCUGGGUACCGAUUUACAUCGAUUGCUCACUUCGCGUCCGUUGGAGAAGCAAUUCAUCCAGUAUUUCCUUUAUCAAAUCUUGCGAGGACUGAAAUAUGUGCACUCAGCGGGUGUCGUCCAUCGUGACUUGAAACCCAGCAACAUUCUCGUCAACGAGAAUUGUGAUUUGAAGAUUUGCGAUUUUGGUCUUGCUCGAAUACAAGAUCCCCAAAUGACUGGCUAUGUAUCAACACGUUACUAUCGAGCACCGGAAAUCAUGCUCACCUGGCAGAAGUACGACGUCGCCGUGGAUAUAUGGAGCACAGGAUGUAUUUUCGCUGAGAUGUUGGAAGGAAAGCCUCUCUUUCCCGGAAAAGACCACGUGGACCAGUUUUCUAUCAUCACCCAACUCCUCGGUACGCCUCCGGAUGAUGUCAUCGAGACAAUUGCUAGCGAAAAUACCCUCCGAUUUGUACAGAGCUUGCCUAAGCGGGAACGAGUUCCAUUCAGCCAGAAAUUAAGGACGAACGAUCCUCAUGCACUUGACUUGCUCGAAAAGAUGUUGGUUUUUGAUCCUCGCAAACGGAUAGAUGCUACUCAAUCGCUCGCACAUGAGUAUGUUGCACCCUAUCACGACCCCACCGAUGAGCCAGAGGCUGCGGAGAAGUUCGAUUGGAGUUUCAACGAUGCCGAUUUGCCUGUUGAUACGUGGAAGGUCAUGAUGUACAGUGAAAUCUUAGACUUCCACCAAACUGGCGAGGCGGCUACUUCCUCCGUAGGCCUAACCGAAGGACCACUAGCAGGCGCAGACACGGUCGAGGCAGCACAAGUUCCCCAGCCUGUUGCUCCUUCCGCCGCCUAAAUCCUGCCCCUUGCGACUGCGACAUCAUGAUUAAUCUUCUUCUGUGAUUUUAUCUUUGGUCCUC